AUGAACGUAUAUCCAGAAAGCACGCCUUCUUCUCCGACUUCCACAACUUCCACCGCCACUACCACGAGUAGUAGCAUUUCGAAUAAAUUUAGUGCACUGUCAAUAUCUUCAAAAUCAAAACCGCAAGUUUCUUUAAAACAAAAAGUGUCUAGUUCAAAAAAGAAAUUUUCUUUGUCGCAUCGGAAGAAAACAGAUACUACAAAGCUAAGUGUAUCGCCUUCAGAACAGCCGUCACAGCGCCCAAUCUCUUUGACUGCGAGUAAGGCUACUAAACCUCCAAAAGAAAAAACUACUAUAAAAAGACCUGCGUCUACAACUGCUUUGCGUUCAAACUCUGUUAGAGCUUCUGCUGCCACUCUUUUUUCCAAAAAAAAAUUACCUUUAAUCGCUGACGACUCAUCACCUUGCAAUACUCCUACUCUUACUAUAACUACUGAUAUGGUAUCUGAACCUUCUUCAUCAUGUGAAUCUUCUCCGCAAGCAUCAAGUAAAGCAACUACUCCAACAAUACGCUCCUCCUCAACCACUUCUUUAUCGUCCGAUCAAGCUAUUGAUGAAAAUCAUUUGGAUAUCACUGCGUUCCUUGCUGCACCACGUCUAACACAGCGUGUGAGAUUAAGUUCGGGGAGAGUAGUUAGUUUUUCUGAAGUGGGGGAUAGAACCGGUUUUCCAGUGUUUGUAUUCCUGGGUAUGGGUUGUGUUAGGUAUUUUAUUGCCUUUUUUGAUGAUUUGGCAACAAGUUACGGUUUGAGAUUGAUAUGUCCUGAUCGUCCUGGCAUUGGACUCUCGGAUGAUGUAAAGUCUGAUGAUCAAGAUGUGUUAAAAUGGCCAGAUGUUAUAAAUGAACUUUGUGAUAUACUUGAUAUACCAAAAUUUUUUAUAAUGGCACAUAGUGCUGGUGCACCGUAUGCUCUCGCUUGUGCUAUCAAAAUUCCUCAUAAAAUACAGGGUACCAUAUAUCUUGUAUGUCCCUGGGUUAGCACAACUGUGGCAAAUAAUUUCAAAUGGUUAAGAUUUGUUCCUACUCCUGUAAUGAAAUUCACAAAUUCUGCUGGCAUAUCGUUACAACAAAUUAUGCAUGGUCGUCAACCAUAUUCAACCAAACCUUCUUCACAUCGAACUUCUGGUGCGUUGACUGCCCAAAUGUCAAGUUUUGAGAAAAAGCAACAACUUGGUUUAGCAAUUCUCAAAGCUUCCUUUGCUGAAAAUUUAUCUGGUGCAAAUAAUGAUUUAGUAAUGUGCUUUGAGCGGGGACGAGCUUUUGGGUUUUCCUAUACUGAUGUAGAUCAUCCUGUCCAUGUUUUCCACGGAACAAAAGAUGAUCGAAUUCCUGUAGCCGCAGUAAAGUGGAUGGAAGAUAAUAUGCCAGAUUGUAGGUUAACUCUUAUAGAAGGUGGAAAGCAUUCACUAUUUUUACGUGCUGAAGUUGUGGACACAAUAUUUAAGUCCAUAGCAGCACAGCUUCAUGUAAAGGAUAAAUGUAGAUUGUGUAUGAUAUCAACUAGAUGUUGGCUAAUGGAGGAAGUUGAAAACGAACGAAAGGAAAGGGAAUUACAAAUUCAAAGAAAAGUUGAGGCAUCCUUUGCAAAGUUAUCUCGAUCUUCAAGCAUAAAGACUGGAAAUCAAAAUUCUUCUACGGAUAACCAAAGAUCAUCUGCGGACAGAGUACCGCAAACUAAUGACAAAUUACUUACUAUAUAUACUUAUUUUUAA